AUAACUCACCCUCAAAACUAGCUUGCAAGAAAAAAGUGACCAAAAAUUAAUAAACCACCCACUAAUGUCAUAGAUAUAAGCAUGAGAUCCAAACAUAAUACACUACAUAAUGAUGAUAAUUCUAGAAGAAUUAACAUUUAUUCUCAAGGUCCCAUCAGUUACUAUAACAAAUUGUAAAUUAUAGGAUGAACUAACUAGAAAAAUGGGGGGUCAGGUAACAGAUUAGAUGGAUUAAGAAAGUUUCACACCUUAGAAGCGGCACUAUACGGGGUCAAGUUAACCCAUGCACAGAUUCAAUUCCAAACUUUCAAGUUAAUCCAUCAGUCUCCUGUCAAAUAAGACUUCGCCACUGUACCUAAAUUCUUGAUUUUGAAUGGACACAACAAAGCUAUUAUCUCUGUUAAGAACAAGCAUUAGCUCUAAGUCACUGUUUAAGGGCAAACUAAUCCACCAAAAAGUAGUCACUCUAGGCCUCCAAAACAACAUUGCCUUGUGCAAAAACCUCAUCAACUUGUAUUUCUCAUGCCACUAUUAUCACUAUGCUAAGCUUAUUUUCAACACCUUGGAGGACUCAUUAGACCUUUCUUUAUGGAACGGCAUCAUGGCUGCUUACGCCAAAAACUAUAUGUUCACCGAAGCCCUUGAGAUUUUUGAUAGGUUAGUGCUGCACGCAUUUUUAAAACCCGAUAAUUACACUUACCCUAGUGUGUUAAAGGCUUGUGGUGGAUUAGGGAGAGUUCAAUAUGGAAAUAUGCUUCAUACCCAGUUAAUAAAAACUGGGUUUGUAUUAGAUGUUGUUGUUUCUAGCUCUCUAGUAGGGAUGUAUGCAAAGUGCAACAAGCUCAAUUAUGCCAUUAAAGUGUUUGAUAAAAUGUCUGAGAGAGAUGUUGCGAGUUGGAAUACUGUUAUUUCUUGUUAUUACCAAGAGGGUCAAGCUGAGAAAGCGUUGGAGUUGUUUGGGAAGAUGAGGGAUUCUGGUUUUGAGCCCAAUUCAGUGACGUUAACGACGGUUAUUUCAUCUUGUUCAAGGCUUUUUGAUUUGGAAAGAGGAAAGGAGAUUCAUGAGAAAUUUAUGAAAGAUGGGAUUGUGUUUGAUAGUUAUGUUGGUUCUGCUCUUGUGGACAUGUAUGGAAAAUGUGGUUGUUUGGAGAUGGCUAGAGACGUUUUUGAGCAAAUUCCAGUGAAAAGUGUAGUCACUUGGAAUGCGAUGAUUGCAGGAUAUGGAGCAAAAGGAGAUAGCAAAUCAUGCAUUCAGCUUUUUAGGAGGAUGAAUGAGGAAGGAGUUAAGCCUACUCUUACCACAUUAAGUUGCAUUUUAAUGUCUUGUUCAAGAUCAGCCAAACUUGAACAUGGUAAAUUCAUGCACGGUUAUUUAAUAAGAAACAAAGUAAAAGCCGACAUCUUCAUUAAUGGUUCGCUUAUUGAUCUCUACUUUAAAUGUGGACAUGUUAGCGCAGCUGAAAAUGUGUUUGAUAGGAUGAGCAAGACAAAUGUAGUAUCCUGGAAUGUUAUGAUUUCAGGAUAUGUGACAGUUGGUGAUUAUUUUAAAUCACUUGCAAUCUAUGGCAAAAUGAAAGAAAGUGGUGUAAACCCAGAUGCUGUAACAUUCACUAGUGUUUUAGCAUCUUGUUCACAGCUAGCGGCCUUGGAAAAGGGAAAAGAAAUCCACAAGUGUAUUGUUGAGAGUGAACUAGAAACAAAUGAAAUAGUCAUGGGGGCUCUCCUCAACAUGUAUGCUAAAUGCGGUGCAGUGGAUGAAGCGUUGAAUGUUUUUAAUCAAUUACCUGAGAGGGAUCUUGUGUCAUGGACUUCUAUGAUCACUGCAUAUGGAUCUCACGGUCAAGCUGCCAAGGCUUUGAAGCUUUUUGAUGAAAUGCGGAAAUCCAACACAAAACCAGACAGUGUCACUUUCCUUGCAAUUUUAUCAGCUUGUAGCCAUGCUGGACUGGUUGAUGAAGGCUGUCAUUACUUCAGUCAAAUGACAUUUGAGUAUAAUCUUAAGCCCAAAAUUGAACACUACUUGUGUUUGAUUGAUCUUCUUGGACGUGCUGGAAGAUUGCAUGAAGCUUAUGAUAUUCUACGGAGCACCACUGAAAUUGAGGAUGUAGGGCUGUUAAGCACACUAUUUUCUGCAUGUUGUCUGCACCGCAAUACAGAAUUGGGAGAGAAAAUUGCAAAAUUACUCAUUGAGAAGGAUCCUGAUGAUCCAUCAACUUAUAUUGUUUUAUCAAACAUGUAUGCGUCCAUCAAGAAAUGGGAUGAAGUACGCAAAUUAAGAUUAAAGAUGAAAGAGCGUAGGUUGAAGAAGAACCCGGGCUGUAGCUGGAUUGAGAUUGGGGAAAUGAUCCAGCCUUUCUAUGUAGAAGAUAAGAUGCAUCCACAAGCAGAGAUGGUAUAUGAAUGUCUCGCAAUUCUAUCAAGUCACAUGGAAAAAGAAGAGUUGCAGCCAUCUUAGAACUUAACUAGAAAAUGUACUAUAAAUCAGCACAAUGUGGUUUUCAAAUAGGAAAAGGCUCCUCUAGCAAGAUGGUUGAAAUGAAAGUUGUAUCGAUCAUUCUUCAGGAACAACUUAAAGAGGGGCAAGCACAGGAAUGCAUAAACUCUUGGAGCAUUUGUUCUACCAUUAAUGUUCUACAAGGAAAGCAUUAUAAAUCAGACCAUCAGAGUAUCAGUCAGAAUGUUUUGAGUCAUCCCCCCAUUCAAUUGAAGAAAGCUGGAAAUAAUGCCCACUAAAAGUCAGACAAGGGAAUGCUUUCCCCAACCAAACCAGCAAAGGAAGGGAGAUGCAGAGCUGGAAGAAAAACGCUUUCAUAGAUGGAAAUUUUAUGGUAUCUGAAAACUAGGAAUCCUGGAAAACGCGAACUUAAAAAAUAUUGAUGACUGUGAAAGUUUUUUUGUUGUACAGCAACCUUUGUAAAGCUGCAAAAUGAAACAUCAAUCUUUGGAAGUA